AGCAAGAUGGCGGCAAUCAAUGGAUAGAUGAUUCACCUCAUGUUGUUCAUAGAAUAUAGCAUAGUCCUUACUAGAUCGUGAUGAAAACCAUCUGGCUUAAUUUCUCGAGGAUCAUUUCGUGUUUUUCUUUUAUUUUUGGCAUUAUUAAGAAGAUAUUUUGUCGAGGAAGGCGACGAAAGGACAGUGAGCCAUCGAAUCCUCUGCCAGUCAGUACAGGAACAAACGACUCGCAGCAAAAUCAGGACCUGAGACCUGAAACCUCAGAGAUUGCAUCCAAUCAAGAUGCUAGUUGGACAGAAUGGGGUAGUGAUGACCACUUUAGUAUCAAAAUAGAACCAACCACCCCUCCCCUCUCAAGUCAGCCAGCUGAAAAUGAAGGUAGCAUGGAUGCAGAUGACUUGUUUAAAGAUAUGACUCCUGUAUUUAAAAAACCCAAAAAGAUAGUACUUAAACAGAAGUCAUCUAACUCCAACCAAUAUGCCAGUAAUUCUCCAAGCAGACUAAAUUUUGAUAUGUCCUAUCCACCGGCACAGACUGACUUGGGCACUUGGGAGGACACCAAUGAAGGAUGGGAUGGAGACGAAAUAGACGAGAAGGAAAUUGAAUGGGAAACUGAAAAUGUGCUAAGAGAAAAGAGAUACGCUGAGAGGGAGCGACGAGCACUGGAACAACAGCGGAAGAAAGAAGAAAGAGAAGCUCAAAGAUUGGCGAAAAAAUCACAACAUCAGUUGGGUAUCAAAGUCAACUCCUAAUGUCAUACAAUUUGGUAUUGCAAGUAUCAAUUCCAAUCUUUUUUGCUAAUUUUAAAGCAAGGCUGAAAGGGCAAAUAUCUUAUGAGUAUUUUGCAGUCCUAGUAACGAAGGUAGAGAGAAAUUCAUAAUACUGGGGAAAAACAAAACGUACCGGGCUAUUGUUUCUGUCUAUUUAUUCAGUGUUUGUUUAUUAUUCAGUGUUUGUUAUUUGUGUAAACUUAUUUGUUUGUUCGUAUUUCCGCAUUCGAAUAUUUCGCGAAUCGCCCAAUGAGAAGGAAUCGGGAGAAACUCGUAAGCUCUCGUAAUUAGCUCGGUAAAGUUUUCUAACGUAAAGUUUCCGAUUGAACAUCGAUUCCAAAAUCUAAACAAAUUUUCAUUUGGCAAAGACGUAAUAAGAAGCAUAUAUAUAAAGGACAAAAAUGCAGUUGUGUUUAACAAUAGAAAAGUUAAUACGUUUUACUGCAAAAAAAAACUUAACUCAAUAUUUUAAAUAUUUUUUUGAGAAUAGACUAAUGAUUUAUUUCAAGCAAUAGUUUUAAAAAAACUAAAAACUUAAUGAAUAGAAAGCUGUAAAAUAAACUAAGACUAUAAUUUAAAUUUCUAAAAAUUUGAUCUAAUUAAGUUGAGUUUCGUAAGUUUGUAAUGUAAGGGUAUUUUUCCCUCAGUAGUAAAAACGCAUGAACAGGGCUGAAAUACCGCUGUACAGCACUUGCUGUUUUAACUUAUCUCUAUCUCUCCACCCUACCCCCCUCGGUUGAUAUAACCAAAUAAAGAGAGCUGAAAUACCGCU